AUGUCCUAUGCCAAUGAAAAUGCUACACAAAUCAGGGUGGUCAAUGGGGACAACAGCUGCUCUGGAAGAGUUGAGAUCUACCAUAAUGGUGAAUGGGGAACCGUUUGUGAUGAUAACUGGGAUCUCAGUGAUGCUGAAGUGGUGUGCAGGCAGCUGGGGUGUGGAAAAGCAGUCAGUGUCGCCUACUUUGGUCCGGGAAGUGGGAAAAUCUGGCUGGAUGAUGUUAGAUGCACUGGUGCUGAGAGCUCUAUCACACAGUGCUCACACAGAGGAUUUGGAAUUCACGAUUGUGUUGCCAGAGAAGAUGCAGGUGUAGUUUGUUCAGGUAUGGCACCUAACCAAAUCAGGGUGGUCAAUGGGGACAGCAGCUGCUCUGGAAGAGUUGAGAUCUACCAUAAUGGUGAAUGGGGAACCGUUUGUGAUGAUUCCUGGGAUCUCAGUGAUGCUGAAGUGGUGUGCAGGCAGCUGGGGUGUGGAAAAGCAGUCCGUGCCCCUCCACAAGCCUCCUUUGGUCAGGGAAGUGGGAAGAUCUGGCUGGAUAAUGUUAAAUGCACUGGUGCUGAGAUGUCUAUCACACAGUGCUCACACAAUGGAUUUGGAAUUCACAAUUGUGUUGCCAGAGAAGAUGCAGGUGUAGUUUGUUCAGGUGCUAACCAAAUCAGGGUGGUCCAUGGGGACAACAGCUGCUCUGGAAGAGUUGAGAUCUACCAUAAUGGUGAAUGGGGAACCGUUUGUGAUGAUUUGUGGGAUCUCAUUGAUGCUGAAGUGGUGUGCAGGCAGCUGGGGUGUGGAAAAGCAGUCCGUGCCCCUCCACAAGCCUCCUUUGGUCAGGGAAGUGGGAAGAUCUGGCUGGAUAAUGUUAAAUGCACUGGUGCUGAGAUGUCUAUCACACAGUGCUCACACAAUGGAUUUGGAAUUCACAAUUGUGUUGCCAGAGAAGAUGCAGGUGUAGUUUGUUCAGGUGCUAACCAAAUCAGGGUGGUCCAUGGGGACAACAGCUGCUCUGGAAGAGUUGAGAUCUACCAUAAUGGUGAAUGGGGAACCGUUUGUGAUGAUUCCUGGGAUCUCAUUGAUGCUGAAGUGGUGUGCAGGCAGCUUGGGUGUGGAAAUGCAGUCAGUGCCCCUCGAAUCGCCUACUUUGGUCGGGGAAGUGGGAAGAUCUGGCUGGAUAAUGUUGGAUGCACUGGUGCUGAGAGCUCUAUCACACAGUGCUCACACAGAGGAUUUGGAAAUCAUAAUUGUGCUCACUAUGAAGAUGCAGGUGUAGUUUGUUCAGAUGCUAACCAAAUCAGGGUGGUCAAUGGGGACAGCAGCUGCUCUGGAAGAGUUGAGAUCUACCAUAAUGGUGAAUGGGGAACCGUUUGUGAUGAUAACUGGGAUCUCAGUGAUGCUGAAGUGGUGUGCAGGCAGCUGGGGUGUGGAAAAGCAGUCGGUGUCGCCUCCUUUGGUCCGGGAUUGAAGAGGAAGCAGAUUGUGAGAGUGGAGUUCCAAGUUAACUCUGGCCUGCUCCUUAACGAUGCUGAAUUUCAGGAGAGGCUCAUGGAUCAGAUCAGAAGGAAACUGCAGGAGGAGGGGCUGCCGGUGAACACCACACUGAGCUGGAGAAAGCAGCCCGAUGGACAGAUUUUCCACAAGAAGAAUGAGAAGAAGGAGAAAAAAGAGAGGAAGAGGAAGAGCAAAGAUGAGUUUUGA